UCCAGGAGCGAUAAGACAAAUUCUUCAAAAUUAAUGGACCUCCAGUUAGACUUCAACUUCAAAAACAUCUCUUUAUUUCAUCUCAUUCCGUUCAAAUAGAUUCACCCCUUUCAAUAAAGCAUCGAUUUUUUUCGGGUUUUAUAUAUGUUCUGUUCUUCUAAGUCUUCACAAUCUUUGUCUUGAUGUGAGAAUCUUUCGUUUUACUUUUACUUUCUUUCCACGCAAAAAAGUCUUGAGUUUUUUUCCCUUGAAUUUUGAACCAAAUUCAGUUUUUUGUCAGCGAUAUGGACGAAGAAUCUAGUAGUUCUGUUUUCAGAAAAUUCGAAGGAGAAGAGACUAUGGGAAAAGUACUUCUAUUUGCAACCGUAUCAAUUUUCACAGGGGUUAUGUUCCUCCUCUUGCUUCAUCUCUACGCUAGACUCUUUUGGUGGCGUGUGGAACAACAUUUCAACCUAAACCUAAUCCAAUCCGACGAUCCUGGCUCCACAGUCAUCGGCCGUAACCAUCGACGACGUCGUUUCGUCUUUGCUCAAGCUCAAGAAGAUCCUCCUCGUAAUACUGGUCUUGAUUCUAAAAUCCUCCAAUCGAUCCAUGUGGUUGUUUUCAAGUCUACGGACUUUAAAGACGGGCUAGAAUGCGCCGUUUGUCUCUCUGAUCUCGUUGAUGGCGACAAAGCUAGGGUGUUACCAAGGUGUAAUCAUGGGUUCCAUGUUGAUUGCAUCGACAUGUGGUUUCAGUCUCAUUCCACUUGUCCUCUCUGUAGAAACACAGUUGGUUCCGUGGAGGAAACGGCACAUGAAGAAAGUUCUGAAGACCGUGAGGCUUUAUCUCAAAAUCAAAACUUUGAAUCAGGGCACUCGAGUAAUCAGCAUAAUCCAUCUCAAGAUCAGAGCCCUGUUUUUGGAUCUUGCUCUGAUAGAAGCGCAUGCCUCAUUGUUACUGAAGAUUAUCCUACUGGAAAUUUCGCAGAUUCUUCUAACGAUCAUCAACAAGAAUCUACUGAUACAUGUGACAGAGCACAAGAAGUGACUACGGUUGUAGUGGAAAUUCAUGCGGAUACAAAUGAGAAUUUCUCCGAGAGAGUCGGCGAAGAAGAACCUAAGUCACCGAUGUUCACAAGGCUAAGUUCGCUUAAGAAGUUUUUGAGUAGAGAGAAGAAAGGUGUAGUUUGCAUUAUUGGUUCAAGCGGGACCAACAACAACAACAAUGUUUGAAUAAAUAAGUAAUAUGUUGAACCCAUUCAAGAGAGAUCUCGAUAUCAAAAUAUGAAUUGGUUAUCUUUGUAUAUGAUACUAGUGUUACA